AUGUCUUUUGGAUUUUACAAAAUAUUGGGAAGUUCCUGUUUGAUUGGAGGAUUUAUUGGAAUGGCACUCUUUUUAAUUAGUACUAUCGUUACCUUUGUCUGUAUUAAUAUUGAUUAUUACUAUGUAAAUGAUCCUGAUGCUGUGAAAUUCAAGAUGGUCAACUGUUGUCAAAUUACAUCGUUACAAAAUUGUGAGACGAGCAGCAGGGGAACAACAUUUUGCAGAGCUACUGUCAAAUAUCCAUCAAAUUUACAAAAUCUGAUCGAAAUAGUUCAAAAAUCGAAUUCUGCUUAUUACAAACUCACAACAGAUACGCAAAAAUAUGAAAAGAGAGAAGAAAUUAAUGCACCUUUUUAUUUUAAUCCAAAUAAUGUUAGUUUAUAUGAAUAUUACUCUGAGGAUUAUCCUAGAAAUUUGUGGUUGGAUUUUAAUUGUAGAGCUAUGGUUGAAUAUGUUGUAAAUGGAACAAAUUCAGAGUUGACCAAUUCUUUCACAAGCUCAAAUUAUCCAAAUUUAGCAUCGUUUAAUAGUUCACUUUCUCUAACAAUGAUAGAGAAAGUACUCAGAUCGCAGGUAAGCGACAAGGUUCAAGUUUCGAAACAAGAACAAGUAGGAGACUAUAUGAAUUGUUAUACGAAUUCGAAUGGAGAAACUCUCUUUUCUAAUAGAUAUAGCUAUUUAUACAAGAAUUUACUUGGAUGGGGAGCAGCUAGCAUUGUUUUCUCCGUUCUAUUCUUCUUUGCUUUCUUGACAGGAAUCAUCAUAAUUGCUGUCAUGUGUAACAAUCGUUGA